UAAUUUUGACGUUUUGACUGGGUGUCACUUUGGCUUUUCGAUUUUUUAUUUAUAAAAUUUUAAACAAAUUACUGAAGGGACAAAAAAUUUCCAGUAGUCAAUAAAGUCGCUCAAGAUGUUGUCGUUGAUGAACAGGAUAUUAGACUGGUUCAAAAGCCUAUUUUGGAAGGAAGAGAUGGAGCUAACGCUAGUAGGAUUGCAGUAUUCUGGCAAAACUACCUUUGUUAAUGUAAUAGCGUCUGGUCAAUUUAGCGAAGAUAUGAUUCCAACAGUUGGUUUCAACAUGAGAAAAAUAACAAAGGGGAAUGUUACCAUUAAAGUUUGGGACAUUGGGGGCCAACCUAGGUUUAGGUCUAUGUGGGAACGAUAUUGUAGAGGCGUUAAUGCUAUAGUAUAUAUGGUAGAUGCAGCUGAUUCCGAUAAAAUCGAAGCCUCUAGGAAUGAACUUCACAAUUUGCUUGAUAAGCCACAGUUGGCUGGUAUUCCAGUUUUAGUUUUGGGUAAUAAACGUGAUAAACCACAAGCUUUAGAUGAAAAUGGUCUCAUUGAACGAAUGAAUCUCUCUGCUAUCCAAGAUCGCGAAAUAUGCUGCUAUUCGAUAUCUUGCAAAGAAAAAGACAACAUCGACAUUACGCUUCAGUGGUUGAUCGCGCAUUCAAAAUCUGGAAUGCGUUAAUUUUUAAUACCCACGUAUAUACACAAAAAAGUCAACUUUUAAG